AUGGCGGAACUUCGACGUCGGUUGGGUGCAGACCUCGUAUCUACAUCUGCCAGUGACGAGAACACUCCCUCGAAUGCGAGCGCUGUAUCCAAAGCUACAGUUUCAGAAAAAGUGACAGAAGCGCCCAAGGCCGAAGAUAACUGCCGCAAAAAGGUCGAAAAGGAGGUCGUAUAUGUCCACACACCCUCGAAACCUGACGAUGCAGGCCCCACGAAGAGAAGAAGCAAGCGGCGAAAUGGUUUGAUAUUUGGACUGGGAGGGAUCUUUGGGAUAUUUGUGGCGCUGUUUUUCGCAAAUCAGAAUGAGGUUAUCAGCUUAGACGCGUUGCUGGAUCUUAAUAUCGACUCGCUGAUUGAAGUUAUACCUGCCGGCAUUGUCCGGGAUGCAAAGGAGUUUUCGCAAAGUGAACGUGAGACGGUUAGCUAUGAUUCGUUUUCAGUGGGUUUGCAUCUGCAGUCACAGGGGAUUAAGGCCCAUCACCCAGUCAUCAUGAUACCCGGAGUUAUAUCUACUGGUCUAGAGAGCUGGGGAACGGAUGAGAAAUCAAGGCCGUACUUCCGAAAGCGUCUCUGGGGCAGUUGGAGCAUGAUGCGUGCACUUGUCCUUGACACUGCAGGCUGGAAGACUAACAUCAUGCUGGACAAAGAGACCGGACUUGACCCACCUGGAGUCAAGCUACGGGCUGCGCAAGGCUUUGAUGCAACGGACUUCUUCAUCACAGGCUACUGGAUCUGGAAUAAGAUAUUAGAAAAUUUGGCGACGAUAGGAUAUGACCCUACAAACGCCUAUUCAGCAGCCUAUGACUGGAGACUAUCAUACCUUAACCUAGAGCAUCGAGAUCACUACUUCAGCAAGCUCAAGGACCACAUCGAGACCGCAGUGAAACUUAACGGGAAGAAAGUCGUCCUUGUCUCACACAGUAUGGGAUCACAGGUAGCUCUAUUCUUCUUCAAAUGGGCUGAACACAAAGGCUACGGCAACGGUGGUCCGGACUGGGUAGACCGUCACAUUGCGUCCUGGAUCAACGUCAGCGGCUGCAUGUUGGGCACUUCCAAGGGACUUACAGCCGUACUAUCCGGAGAGAUGAGAGAUACCGCACAACUCAACGCCUUUGCAGUGUACGGCCUCGAGAAAUUCCUAUCCAAAGAAGAACGAGCUGAGAUCUUCCGCGCCAUGCCCGGCAUUUCCAGCAUGUUACCAAAGGGCGGCAACGAGGUAUGGGGCAACCAUACCUGGGCACCAGACGACUUCCCCAAUCAACCCGUAACAAACGGCAACCUGCUGAACUUCCGAUCAAACACUACCCUCACAGCCGCUUCGAAAUAUAACUUCACCGUCGAAGACGGGCUGGAGUAUCUGUACAACAUCUCGGAACCGUGGUACCGCAACCAGCUUAGGGAGAACUACUCGCAUGGCGUGGCGCAUACAGCAGCAGAAGUCGAAGCUAACGAAAACGAUCCUCGCAAAUGGCUGAAUCCGCUUGAAACCCGUCUUCCGCUGGCGCCCAAUAUGAAGAUAUAUUCGUUCUAUGGCGUCGGCAAGCCAACUGAACGAAGCUACUUCUACCGCGAGGAAGUUGACCAUCUGUCGAAACUGAAUGUUACUAUGGACACAUCUGUGAUGGAAGGCGAAGGGGAAGGACACGUCGAUCGGGGCGUUGUUAUGAAUGAAGGCGAUGGGACUGUUAACUUGCUUAGUUUGGGUUAUAUGGGUACUCGUGGAUGGAGGAUCAAGAGGUAUAAUCCCGCCAGAAUACCUAUUAAAGUGUACGAGAUGCCUCAUGAGCCUGAACGGUUUUCGCCGCGAGGAGGUCCGAAUACAGCCGACCAUGUUGAUAUACUGGGCCGAUCAUCUUUGAACGACUUGAUUCUGCGCGUUGCAGGUGGCAAGGGCGAUUCUAUCGAGGAGAACUACGUCUCUCGUAUCAGGGAGAUAGCCAGCCGAGUGAAGGUAUAUGACGACGAGUAG